CUUCAUUAGCAAUCACCAGUGAAAAGCAAUAAUGAAAGUAGAAAAUGUGAACUCGUAAAUCUCCUCAACAGACAAGCCUUCAGCCAGGGGAACUAAAUGUUAGCUUAGAAGAGACCUGACGAAAGCGGCGAUGUGCGAUUUUCCCGCCAUUAUAACCGGAUCUACCUAUUGUACUGUACGCUUUUAAUACGACAGCCCACCGAUAGCCUCGACUAUUAAUCACGAAGAGAUAGCUAGAAAGAACAUUAGAAAAACAAGAGGUGCAAGAUAAAACCUGCACGAAAGGACUUAAGCUUGCCAGAGCGAAAAUGCAUAUUAAAAUAUUGCUUGGAAUCGUCGUCUUGGUACUGGUUAUUUGGGAACGAGUAAAUGGUUUCACUGGUUUCACCCUGAUGGACCGGUAUUUACCAGGACAUGUAUUAGAGAGCUAUAGCUCUCGUCGAGAAUGGAUCCAGUGUACAAUGCUCUGUCAAGAUAUGACCAAAUGCGUCUCGUACAAUUUUGAUCGUGUUUCUGGGGUGUGCGAGUUGAAUGACCAUGGGUUACGCCGUAACACCGAUGGCGAAUUUAUGCUAAGACACAGCAAAGAUGUCGUAUUCCACCAACUCAGACCUAUAACCAAGAACAAAACACUGAAUUAUGUCCAUCCCGACCACCAAUGUGAUUGCCGCUGCCCAGGGCAGACCGCCUGCUCACCAAGCACGGAUCCAGGCAGUCGAUACUUACCUCGAUCGUGCCGUGACGCUUACAACACGGACGGGGCGACCGCGAAUGGCGCGUACGAUAUCAAGUUGCCGCCCAGAUCCACGCGUACACGUGUUUACUGUCACAUGGAGGACAUCCCCGGAUGUGGAGGGGGAGGAUGGACGCUGGUCAUGAAAAUAGACGGCUCAAUGCAAACGUUUACGUACAACUCCCCUUUGUGGACAAGCAAGCAAGUUUACAAUGAAAACGACGGACUAAGUUUGGAUAAGCGGGAGACCAAGCUGUCAACAUACUGGGGAACGCCGUUCAAUGCGCUGUGCCUUGGAAUGACGAACAACGCAAUCACGCGCUGGACAAGGGUAGACCACACCGCAUCAUCCCUGUAUGACGUCAUCAAAAGUGGACAGAAGAUUCUUACCGGGUUGCCUGUGGAGAAAUGGAAAAGGCUUCUCGAUUCAUCUUCUUUACAAACCGGCUGCACGCUACAAGGCUUCAACCUCUACGACUCCCAACUACCAACAGCGGCAUCUACUCGCAUCGGUAUUAUCGGCUUUAAGAACGCAUGCAAUGGCACGUCCAACUCUCGGCUAGGCUUUGGUACAUCCGGGGACUUCUACGGUAUGGAUAAGAACAAUUCUUGUGGAAACGAGGCUCGUAAUGGCGGUGAUCUCGGGGAUGUGUCUCAGAAGGCGUUCGGUUACAUACUUAUCCAGUGAACGAGUUAAUAAUAUUCAUAUCUUGAAUAUGGCAUGUUUAAUCGGGAAAGAGAGACGCGACCAAUCCAAACAACUAGGCUCGCAACGCAUGAUGACCCAACGCCUUAUGGUCUACUCAACUUUCCAGGAGCGCAACGCAUGAUGGUUCCGAACUACUAAGGGCCCAACGCCUUAUGGUCUACUCAACUUUCCAAGAGCGCAACGCAUGAUUGUCUACCUGAACUACUGGGAUCGCAACGCAUGAUGGUCUAUCUAAACUACUAGGAUCGCAACGCAUGAUGGUCUACCUGAACUACUAGGAUUGCAACGUUUGAUGGUCUACCUGAACUACUAGGAUCGCAACGCAUGAUGGUCUACCUAAACUAUAUGCACGCAGCGCACGAUAGGGGUGGGGGUGGGGGAGAUGAUGGCCCCACUUAUUUUGACGAUUGCCGGCGCGUACCCAGGGGAUGCGGAGAAUAUGCGCGCAACCCCCCCUUUCACCUAAAAGUGGUCAUUGAAGGACCUAUCCUUUUUUUCAUAUGAUACAUAUGACUGCCCCCCCCCCCCCAACAAAUCCUGUGGUUUGCGUCCACGAGCAGUGAUAGAUUGGAUAUGUAAAGAAACUCGUUUGAUGCGGUUUAUUGUCACUGUAGAGAAUUGUAUAUUAAAUAAAAUGCACACCUGAAUAUUAA